AUCCAGCUUGUCCACACACAUGGAAGUCAGUCUCACGACUGCCCCAUGUCCUCGUCAGCGUCGGCAUCUAUAGCCUCCCUCCGAAUGCAGCCCAGCCCGACAUCUACACAACUGCCGCGUGGGGGUGCUGGUGUCCCUGGACGCCUGGACCGCCACACUAAAGACUCACCCCUUGGCCCUCUUUCAGCCCGCUCCAGCUGCUGCGUCUUGGGGAUGUCGUCAAGGUGACUCCCGCCCCCCAGGCCAAGAUUGCCCAGUCCCUCUCUCUCAGCCAGACGCACCAGACGUCUCAGCUUAUCGCCACAUCCUCUCUGGCCGGCCCCGCCCUUGUGGUGGCACAGCAUGAUGACGUCGGCCACCCACUGCAUGAGCCCGGCCUUGAGAGCCCUCAUGGCACCUGGGUUGAGCACGUCAUCCCCCCUCGCCGAGAUGGGAAUCCAUGCUUGCAGCUGCCUGUGACCGCCAUGUGAAUGGCUGUUCAUCGCCACCCACUCGCCCACCUCACCCGCCGCACGAAUCCAAUCCAGGUCAUCUGCUGAUGCCGUGAAGCUGAUAUCCAACAUCCACUGGGCGUUGAGGCAGGCUGCGCCGCUCGCAUCUGUGUCGCUGACUCGACAAACGACCCACGGGACGUCUGUGGCGAAGUGGCAGCGGUGGGCGUAGCCCGGGUCAGCGGGCGGUGGCGGAAAGCAGAGGUCCUCGAGAGAGGGUGGGUCGGCAGCUGAGUCUUGUUGUGAUUGGCUCUCGGCUGGCGACGGAGGGGCCAUGUCCAUCAUGUCGUCGGGCUCACUGAGUGCCUCUUCUGGGUCGUCUGACGCGAUGGUGUCAGGGCCGGGCAGCUGCGUAUAGACCGCAUUCAGCUUGUCCCGCAAGGACGACUCCAUGAGCAUGGACUGCAUGAGCGGACACCCACAGGCACGUACUUCAAUGACAAAUAGAUUACCACACGACUAGCUGUCUGUGACUUACCAAUACUUUGCUGAAUUUUCCUGGGUCGCUGGGAGAGAGACGUCUCUGCCUCUUCCGUUUGAUGGCGGAGUCAAUGAGCUCGCUGCUGCUGUCUGCGAUGCGGCACACCAGGCCCCAAACUGAAUCGCCAUUGCGGCCGUCCCUCUCGUAGUAGGCCUUGACCUGCACGCAGCGUCAGAGGAAAGAACACUGUUCUGGUGUGAUGGGGGGCGGCCAGCUCUACCCACCUCUUUUUCCAGCCGUUGAAGUUGUGGCGAGGCCAACACGCCACCCAACGUCACCUCCUGCACAGCCAAGAGAGCAAUCCAUGCCCAUCACAGUGUCUUCCUAAGUGACACUUUUACUUGGCCGGAUGUACCUUUCUCAGCCAGCGAAGCAGGCGAGCACACCCACACAUCACCACGAGCUGCCGUUUGCGCCCAGCCAGCCUUGCAGCCCACGAGUACUUCCUGAUCGACCCCCGUUCAUUGUCCACCAU